AUGAAGACCACAGCACCCUUUCGAUCGGUCCGCCGUUCCCUGUAUAUCUGCCAGAGCUGUCGCCAUCAUCUUCGAGACCGAAAUGCGGGUCUCAGCAACCCUGUCCCCCAGCAGAGAUGGAUCACGCGCGUGCACGUCCGGAGGAUCCAAGAGGCGGAAGAAGAAUGGCAGGCCAAAGCCAAAGAUAUAGAAGCCGGGAACAUGAAGUCCAUGAUGACCAUUCUUGAAGAGAGGGGAUAUGUGAACCAGAUCGUUGGCUCAAGAAAUGACCUGGACAAGCUCAUGACCUACCGUCGAGUCGGCGCAUACGCAGGCAUAGAUCCGACCGCGCCAUCACUGCACGUCGGCCACAUGGUGCCGUUUAUGGCUUUGGGAUGGCUGUAUAUCCAUGGCUACAAGGCCAACUUUUUGCUUGGAGGUUUCACAGCCAGCAUCGGUGACCCGAUCGGGCGCCUAAAGGGCAGAGAAACCAUGCCUCCGUCCCAAAGAAAAGCAAACAUGGCGGCCAUGCAUAUCCAGCUGAAGCGACUCGGCGCUUCAAUGGAAAAGUACGCAGAGCGCAAAGGCUACAUGCGAGAAUGGUCGUGGCGCAGGUCUCUGGAGAACAACGUAACCUGGUGGAGUAAGCUCACUGCCCGGGAGUUCCUGACCAUGCUGGGUCGCCAUAUUCGCAUAGGCCCCAUGCUAGGUCGAGAUACAGUCAAGAACAGGCUGGAGAAAGGCGACGGGAUGUCCUUCGCCGAGUUCAGCUACCCGCUAGUGCAGGCGUGGGAUUGGUGGCACCUGUUCCAGUCCGGCUGCCAGGUGCAGAUUGGCGGUGCCGACCAAUUUGGGAACAUCCUCGCUGGCGCUGAGGCCGUGAAGCAGAUCGCCAAAGAGUCGCACGAAUACCAAGUCGCCCUGCGUCAGACGCAAGUGCUGGACUCCAAACGACGCGUCGAUGUCCCUUCCGAUCCCAUGGGCUUCACCGUGCCCCUGCUGACGACGUCUUCUGGCGAAAAAUUCGGCAAGAGUGCCGGCAACGCCGUGUGGCUCGACCCUGAAAUGACCAGCGUCUACGAUCUAUACCAGUUCUUCUUGCGUUCAGCCGACGCAGACGUCGAGAAAUACCUUAAGCUCCUAACUUUCUUGCCCUUGCCCGAAAUCCACCAAGUCAUGCAAGAACACGACAAAGACCAAUCCAAACGCAUCGCGCAGCACAAACUAGCCAGCGAGUUUGUGGAGCUCAUCCACGGCCAGCCCGUUGCGCAACUGGCCGAAGAGCAACACCGCAAACUGCACAACAAGAACGUGAGCAUCAGCGAUCUGAGGGCCAGCGUGGCCGAAGCGAAAGCUGCCACCGAUGUACACCCCAAAACCGGCCUCCCGCUGUUCGCGCAUCCUUCGCUCAACAAACACGCCCAGCCUCUCCACCGCGAAGACGACGCAUCCACCACCGUCAAGCUGCCGCGGAGCCUGGUGUUUGAGAAACCCAUGAGCCGCAUCCUCUGGUCCGCCGGGCUCGUGACGUCGAGGACAGAGGGCCAACGACUCAUCAACGCCGGAGGGGCGUACGUCGGCGGCGGCACCGACGCCAAGUCCGAGAUGGGCGACAAUCUCACCUUCACGCCCGUACGGACGGCCGAGUGGAGGGAAGUCCAGAAAUGGAUCCUGGACGACAGCCUGCUCAUUCUGCGCGUCGGCAAGUGGCGGAUCAAGAUCGUAAGUAUCAUCCCCGACGAGGAAUACGCGGCGCUCGGGUUGUCGUGUCCGGGAUGGGAGGAACAUCUGCGCAGUAAAGAAAGCGAGUCAGAUUUCAAGCUCGAGGACCGAGGGCGCGGAGAGCAAAGCCGGGGAGAGGAGCGGUGA